AUGGAGAGAGAUAGACGACUCACCAAGGCUCUGGAAGCGGCCGGUGAUGCUCUGCAGCAUCUUUCAAUGUCACCAGACUUCGGGUGCCUAGACUACACACACAUCGACAGGCUGCUCGCGCGAGUCGUUGAUCUGCCAACCGAGGGUAGCCAGAGAAACAGCAGGAGGAACUUGCUAGUUAUCCGACAAUGGAUGGUCACUGAAGGCCCUGCUGUCAUUCUAUUGGAAGUCCUUGGACAGACGUAUUGGCGGCUGAGCGAGCUCAACAGCACUCAGUUUGAGAAAUUCAAAACGUCACUUCAACAGCAGCAACCUUAUACGUCUUUAGUGCAGAACCACAACGCGAUAAUGCUGGUAAUUCAGCGCAUUCGACACAUCCAGAGAUCUAAAGCGGAUGCGUGUGACGACUUUCUGUGCGAGCUGACAAAUGGCAUCGUGGAUUCCCCGAUGGUCGGUUUGGAUACUUUUGGAGCAAGUCCAUGUAGUCCGGCGCGGUCUAUUUGUUCCCAGGACAGCAGUCCAUCACAGGAGACAUGUUUCACAGGUCUCAUCAAGUACCUCCCAUCAAGCCCAACGACCGCCGGAGGCCUGGAACAGAUUCUUAUAGACUUCUACGUCAAGGGUAUCUGCCCAGGUCGAACUGUUUCAACGCAAUCGAACGCAUACACGUCACUUCUGCAAGUAGCAGAUACCUGCCCGAGUACACGGCACGCUCUGCUCAGUCUCUCAGCUUCUUAUAUAGGCGAACAUUUCCCGGGAGAAAAGGACACCUAUCACCAAGCGGAAUUAUACUACUCCACACAAGCUCUCAAGGCUUUGGCGGCACAAAUCAGCGAAGGACAAAACUAUGAGGGUGCGCUCGCUACUAGCAUGAUAUUGAUGCAUCACGGCAUGAUCAACCAAGAAGACUCACCCCUGUGCUGGUCAUGCCACGCCAACAUAUUCAACACAAUUCCCCCCGAGGCGGUAGACCACCACUCCAGCCCUGCCCUCUUCAUGCGCGCCCAACUCAUCCUCGCCCGCACCGCACAAUCAUCUCGUCAGCUACAAAACACACGCCAACAUUUAUUCGAAACAACAAACUGGCUCGAAACUACAACACUAACCGAAGCGUCAAAGAUCUCCGGCACUCUAGGCGUCUCCCCGCAACUCGUCUCCCUCAUCUCAUCCAUAACCCUCCCCCCAACAAAUCCACCCGUCCCAGACAAACUCGCAUACGCCCAGCUGCAAGAAAUCCAGCUCCACAACCUCAAACAGUGGACUGUGGAACCAGAUAGCACCGGGAAAGACGUUUUACUUGCUACGGCUGAGUGCUUCCGUUUAGCAGCCCUCAUUUACCUCCGCUGUCGCAUCUACGGAUACACCCGCACUCACCCCUCUGUUACUUCUCUGUCAGCUGCCUUGCACAGUCUAGUCCUCUCACUGCCAGUCAAAGGCCCUUUUUACACGGCCAUAUACCCUGUUUGGCCGCUCUUCAUCGCCGCUGUGACGACGGAUGCUGACAGGAGAGAAGUGCUAUACCAGCGCGUUGUGCCGAUCAGAGAAGGAGAUAAGAACACGCUUCCGGCAGUGUUGAAAUGGGUUACUCAAACAUAA